AUGGAAAACCAGAAGACGAGUUUCAUCCAUAAAAGCGAGGGCUCACGGUUGGUCUUAGUUCGCACGAGGAUUCUCCUCAAUCGAUUCCCAAUAAGCGUCUCGAAAUCGUUCGUUCUCUGUCGACGUCGCGGCGGGGUUGUUCCUUUACCGGCAAAGAUAAUCUCCAGUUCGAAGCAAUUCAUGGAUCAUUCUGAUUUGCCAUCGGGGCAAAACGAUUCAAAGAAGAUGAGUUUCCCAGCUCCACAUCUCAGAGCUAUGAUCGAGACAACGGCACUCUUUGUUUUCAGAAACGGUGUGGAGUUCGAGGAGACUUUUCUGGAACGUGGGAAGGAGAAAGGUAGAUAUCUUUUUCUGCGCAAAUCGGAUCCUUUCCACGCAUUUUACCAGAGGCACCUCACUAGAUUCAUUGAAGAAGGUGAUCCUCUUGAUCUCCUUAAAGACAAGAGUCUCGGCGUUUAUAAAUGUCACAUGGAUUCAGUUAAGGGGAGGGCCGCUAAUCGUCUUAAGUGGGAGCAGCGUAUGCAGAGGCUAAAGGAUGAGAGAGCGGCAAAAAUACCUGAUAUGUAG